AUGUCUUUCUUCGGCUUCGACACCAGCGGCCAUGACAAGGCCCAGCCUGGCUUUUCCCAGGCCCACGACCCCUUUGCUGGCCUGUCCGGCCGGAACGCUGACGUCGACGACGCCCUCGAGUUUGAAGACACAUACGACGGUCUCGGCGACCAGCUUGACGACGCUGACGAUGCCUUCAACGACGACACCUUUGGCGGAGGGUCAGGAGCUGCGCCUGCCCCCAGCCACGGCGGAGCCCCUUCGGCGGGCAAGGUGGGAAAAGACUUUGACUUCUUCGGUCAGACGGCCAAGGUCUCUGGUGCCAUUGAGGAGGAGCACAUGCGGUUCGAUCGCCAGCAGCCCACUGCGCGUCCCGUCCAGCAGCAGUCUCUGAACCAAUAUCAUCAGCCGCCGCAGUCUCAGGCUGCCUACUAUGCCAGCCAGCCGAUACAGCAAGCGUAUCAGCCCGCCCGCACGGGCUACGAGAAGUACAGGGAGCCCGAGGCUAUGCCUGACCUGAACGUGGAUCGGAGCAUCUGGGGUAUUGGACCUUCCAAGGCCGCUGCGCAACACGCCGCUCCGUCGCCGCAGGCCCAAUACGCGCCCCAGCAUGCGUCCCAGCCACCAGCUCAACCCCCGGCGAGCCGGAAGAUCAUGAGCUUGGAAGAGGUGGAGGCAGCCAUGCGACAGCCCAAGCCCGCAUCCCAGGCGCCGCCUCAGGAAUAUCGUCAUACACCACCCCCGCCUGGCUUUCAGCAGCAGCAGCAACACCUGCAGCAGCUCCAGCAACAAGUUACUACGCCUCAGCAAGGCCAAGCGCAACCAGUGACGAUCCUUCAGCGCCCCCAGAGCGGCCAGCCCAACAAGGCUACGCCUCCUGCUCAGCAGCAGGCUCCUCCCGCUCAGCCUACCCAGAUUCUUCAGAACCCGAACCGACUGUCUGGGGAUGCCGCACGCAUCGCCAUGGGCCACCAGCCUCACCCGUCCCAGGGAUCCCUCCCCAAGAUGGGCCAGUUGCAGCAACACCCGCAGUUCAACCAAAUGUCCGAGGAGGAGAAGGCCGCCUUCCUUGAUCAGGAGACGAAGAGAGCCAAGCGCAACCACAAGAUCUGGCUGCUGUCCAAGGAUAAUGGCCUGAUGACUCCUCAAGACAAGAACUUUAUCACUCGCAUUCAACUCCAGCAGCUUGUGUCCGCCACCGGUAACCCAGCCGAGCGCGACACGGACACGUCCAUUGCCGAGGACUUUUACUACCAGGUCUACAGCCACAUUCGCGCUGGGCAACGUCAGAACCCGACGCAACCCCUCAGCAACUUUGCCCAGACCUACUUGUUCCAGACUGGCGGCCGUCACGGUGGCCUCAGGAGGCACGGUCGCCCCGCCGAGAACCACUUCCAGCGCAUGGAGCAGCAGGUGCAAAGAGCCGUGGAGGCAGCCAAGAACAAGCCCAAGAACCCCCAGCUGGUGAUCGCCGGCAGCCUGGGCAAGAUCUCGUUCAGCAACGCGAAGACACCAAAGCCUCUCCUGAACAUCAAGCGGAACGACAGUGAGACGCAGCGCCCGAGCAGCGCCAAGAAGCCUACCCACACCGGUCUCAACCGUAGAGCCGUGCUGAGGGCCGUUGAGAAGGUGUACAACACGCUGAUGAAGAUUGAAGACCAUGUGCGCAUGAUCCCACCGCCCAUGAGCGAGACAGCCGAUGACGAACUCCGCACGCAGCAUGCCGAGUGGAAGAUUCAGCUCGACACUCUUAUUGCCCAACUCUGGGACGAGCUGCAAGUGCACGCGCCCGUCGACGAGAUUGUCCCCCACCCCUUCAUCGCUUUCCUGUCCUGCGCCAAGGGCAAGAAGGCCAUUCCCCGAAUCUUCCCUCAUCUGGACUUUGAGAAGCGUACGACCAUUCUGACCCUCAUCAUCUACCACCUCGACCAGCUCGACGUUGUCCAAGAGGCCGUGGUCAGCGCGGACACGACACUCAACGCACGCACACGCGAGAACGUCGAGCUGUUUAUCUCCACGGUUAUGCCCUCGCUCAUGGGGUACUUUAACGAGACCGGCCUCGACAUUGUCGAUGGCGUCCUUAACCUGGUCGCCAUGAAACUGCCCAUUGACACGAUUGCCAAGACGAGGAUCGGUGUCUCGAUGCUUACCCUCAUCCUGAGCCGCGCCGUGUUGCUCAAGCAGACGGGCGCCGGCAACCCCGAGCAGUGGGAGAAGUGGGAUCGCACUUUCGAGACCUUGUUCAACAAACUCGAGCCGUCGCUGCCCUACAUUUUCCCCGGCAGCGUCAACACCGGCGAAGACGUCUACGUCUGGCAGCUCCUCGCCGCGAUGGGUGUCACCGCCUCCCACGACCAGCAGACACGCCUCGUGCUGGCCGUCAAAGACCGCGUCCUUGACACGGUCCAGCUGUCCAAGACGCUGCCGCCCGCCAUGGCGAGCGACCGUCUCGGCAGUGUGAACCUGUUCAUGCGCUCCAUUGGCUUGGACGUGGAGCUGUUGCAGUAG